UUUAAGAAUUUUUAUUAAAAAAAAGAAGAAAUUAUUAUUCAUAGUUGAAGAAAUUUCUGAAAAAAAGAAAGCUAGUUAAAAAAAGAAAAGAUUACGCAUGAGAAAAAAUAAUGAAUUGCAAACAAUGAGAAGAAGAAAAUAGUGGCAAUUUCAAUUUAAAUACGAGAGUGUUAUAGAUAAAAAAUAAAUACAUAAAUUUAGAUUUUAAAUAAAACAUAAAUUAUAGUAAUUUAUGAGGUGAUUUAAAGUACUAACAUUUCAUUCAACUACAACUGAUUCCUGGGAUACUGGAGUUUUAUUGUGAAUUGUUAUGGGGCGAAUUACUUUUUGGUUCCUUCUGGGACUAACGUUAUUCGCCGUCUCUACUCAGGAUGUGUUAGCUAGCUCUGAAGUUGGACCUACUGAAUCCGAAUGCCGUCCUUAUAUUGAAAAGGCUAUUAACGAAUUAAAAACAGGUGAUGACAAAGAAACAUUAAUCCCUAGUCCCGAUACGACUUCCGGUGAAGAAGAAACGAACAAAGCUAACGAUCAAUAUGGAGAGUCCGGUGAAAUGCAGGGAGAUCAACCUGUUCAUGAUGAAAAGGAAACUGUUGAGAUUGCCGACGUAGACUCCGUGGAGGAGCCAAAGGCCCCUGUGGAUUUGGAUGGUGAUGGCAUUCCCAAUGAACAGGACAGUGACAUCGAUGGUGAUGUCAUACCCAACGAACAAGAUGAAGAUAUGGAUGGAGAUGGCGUCUUGAAUGUCAAUGAUGAAGAUAUUGACGGUGACGUCAUACCCAAUGUCAAGGACUCUGAUAUGGAUGGUGAUGGUGUGGCCAAUGUCCAUGAUGCCGAUCUAGAUGGCGAUGGUGUUGCCAAUGUUGUUGAUCCCGAUUUGGAUGGCGAUGGUGUUGAGAAUGUGAUAGAUGCUGAUAUGGAUGGUGAUGGUGUGGCCAAUGUUGUUGAUGGCGAUAUUGAUGGUGAUGGUGUCCGCAAUGUCAGUGAUAAUGACAUAGACGGUGAUGGCAUUCCAAAUGAUGAAGAUGAUGAUAUGGAUGGUGAUGGUAUUCCCAAUGACCAGGAUGAUGACAUCGAUGGUGAUGGUAUCCCUAAUACCGAGGAUGAUGACAUUGAUGGUGAUGGUAUCCCCAAUCAUGAAGACGAUGAUAUCGAUGGUGAUGGCAUACCCAAUCAUGAAGAUGAUGAUAUUGAUGGUGAUGGCAUUCCCAAUAGCCAGGAUGAUGAUAUUGAUGGCGAUGGCAUUCCUAAUACCGAGGAUGAUGAUAUCGAUGGCGAUGGCAUCCCCAAUGAUCAAGACGAUGACAUUGAUGGUGAUGGAAUUCCCAAUGACCAGGAUGAUGACAUAGAUGGUGAUGGCAUUCCCAAUACCGAGGAUAAUGAUAUCGAUGGUGAUGGUAUUCCCAAUGACCAAGACGAUGACAUCGAUGGCGAUGGCAUUCCAAAUCAUGAAGAUGAUGAUAUUGAUGGAGAUGGUAUCCCCAAUACCGAAGAUAACGAUAUUGAUGGCGAUGGCAUUCCCAAUGAUCAGGACAAUGACAUUGAUGGCGAUGGCAUCCCCAAUGACCAGGAUAAUGAUAUUGAUGGUGAUGGCAUACCCAAUGACCAGGAUAAUGAUAUCGAUGGUGAUGGUAUUGCCAAUGAAGAUGACAACGAUGUUGAUGGAGAUGGCAUUCCCAAUGAAGAGGAUCACGAUGUCGAUGGUGAUGGCUUGCCCAAUGAGGAAGAACCCAAGAGCUUGGAUGUGGACAAUGAUGGCAUUACCAAUGACGAUGAUCAUGACAUAGAUGGCGAUGUUGUGCACAAUGAAGUCGAUGCCGAUAUGGAUGGUGACGGUAUCCCCAAUACCAGUGACAAAGAUAUUGAUGGUGAUGGUAUUCCAAAUCCUCGCGACGAUGAUGCCUAUGAACAGGCUGAUGUUCAACCUGGCGCCCGUUCCAAACGUAGCAUUGGUGACCUGGAUGGUGAUGGUAUUCCUGAUGAUGAGGACGAAGAUCGUGAUGGUGAUGGCAUUCCCAAUCACAAAGAUGAAGAUAUCGAUGGUGAUGGCAUUCCCAAUCAUCAGGAUGAGGAUAUUGACGGUGAUGGUGUACCCAAUCAUGAGGAUAGCGAUGAUGAUGGGGAUGGCAAACCAGACGAUGAGGCCAAAACCGAAGAGGAGACCAAGACCGUGGAGGAGGAUGAUACUAAGCCUGAAGAUGAACUAUUAUGGGUUUCCAGAAAACAUGGAGAUCCCAACGACAUUGAUGGCGAUGGCAUUCCUAACAUUCACGACGAUGACAUGGAUGGUGAUGGCAUUGCCAAUCAUGAAGAUAACGACAUGGAUGGCGAUGGUAUUCCCGCCGAAGAGGAUACCGACAUAGACGGUGAUGGCACUCCCAAUCACUUGGACAAUGACAUUGAUGGCGAUGGCACUCCCAAUCAUUUGGACAAUGAUAUUGAUGGUGAUGGCACUCCCAACCACUUGGAUGAGGACAUCGACGGCGAUGGAGUGUCCAAUGAAAAGGACAACGAUGUCGAUGGUGAUGGAGUUGCCAACGAUGCAGAUGAUGACAUUGAUGGUGACAAUACACCCAAUGAUCUGGAUGAUGACAUGGAUGGCGAUGGCAUAUCCAAUGCCCAUGACAUGGAUGUUGAUGGUGAUGGAGUGCACAACAAACAGGAUGAUGAUCAUCAUGACAUGGAUGGUGAUGGUAUACCCGAUCACAGGGAUGAUGAUCGUGAUGGCGAUGGGGUGCCUAAUCAUCAAGACGAUGAUGUGGAUGGUGAUGGCAUACCGAAUAAAGAUGAUACAGAUAUCGACGGUGAUGGUAUACCAAAUGAACGCGAUGCAGAUCGAGACGGCGAUGGUUUGCCAAAUGAGCACGAUGAUAAUGAUGGCGAACAUGACGACAAGAAAUGGAUUUCCAGAGGCAAGGACAUCGAUGGUGAUGGUAUUCCCAAUGAACACGACUACGAUAUGGAUGGCGAUGGCAUAGUGAACAGCGAGGACAACGAUGUCGACGGUGAUGGUUUGCCCACCGACGAAGAUCCAGAUAUCGACGGUGAUGGCAAAGUCAAUGCCGAAGAUGAUGACGUCGAUGGUGAUGGCAUCUCAAAUGAGCGGGAUCGCGAUGUAGAUGGUGAUGGCAUGCCAAAUGAACAGGAGCCACAUUCUCUGGAUAUUGAUAACGAUGGCAUUCCGAAUGAUGAGGACAAUGAUAUCGAUGGCGAUGUGAUACCCAAUGAACUCGAUGAAGAUAUGGAUGGCGAUGGUGUCCUCAAUUUACGCGAUCGAGAUAUAGAUGGCGAUGGUGUGCCAAAUCUACACGAUGACGAUCAUCGUGAUAUGGACAAAGAUGGUGUUAUCGAUCAGCAUGAUGCUGAUAUCGAUGGUGAUGGCAUACCAAAUGAGAAAGAUCACGACAUCGAUGGUGAUGGUAUACCGAAUCAGCAGGAUACAGAUCGUGAUGGAGAUGGCAUACCAAAUGUUAAGGAUAAUCGCGAUUAUGAAGCCGAUGACAAGAAAUUGGAACGUAAAACGAAACGGAUUUCUAGAGUUCGUGCCAAUGACAUAGACGGCGAUGGUAUACCCAAUCAUAAAGACAACGAUAUGGAUGGCGAUGGCAUAUUGAAUCAUGAAGAUGCUGAUGUAGAUGGUGAUGGUUUGACAACGGCAAAAGAUUCAGAUAUAGAUGGCGAUGGCAAGGCCAACAGUGAGGAUGAUGAUGUAGAUGGCGAUGGGGUUGCCAAUGAACAAGAUGAAGAUAUAGAUGGCGAUGGUAUAUUGAAUGCCGAAGAACCGGUUAGCCUGGAUGUCGAUAACGAUUGUAUCGUAAAUGAUGAUGAUCCCGAUAUUGAUGGGGAUGAGAUACCCAAUGAAUUGGAUGAAGAUAUGGAUGGUGAUGGUAUGCCAAAUAUACGCGAUAAGGAUAUGGAUGGCGAUGGCAUACCAAAUUUCCAUGACGACGAUCAUCGAGACAGUGAUGGCGAUGGUGUUAUCGAUGAACAUGAUGAUGAUAUCGAUGGUGAUGGUAUUGCCAAUCACAAGGAUACCGAUAUCGAUGGUGAUGGCAUACCCAAUCAAUAUGAUACCGAUCGGGAUGGUGAUGGCAUUCUGAAUAAGAAAGAUCGUCGUGAUUGGGAGGCAGAUGAUAAGAAAUCGAAGCAUAAAUUGAAACGGAUUUCCAGAGCCCAUGAUCAUGAUUUGGAUGGCGAUGGCAUACCGAAUAGCAAAGACAAUGAUAUGGAUGGUGACGGUAUUUUAAAUCACGUCGAUUCAGAUGUAGAUGGCGAUGGCAUACCCAUUGGCCAGGAUACGGAUAUCGACGGAGAUGGUAAAUUGAAUAGCGAAGAUGAUGAUAUCGAUGGAGAUGGCAUUGCCAAUGAAAAAGACGAAGAUGAUGAUGGUGAUGGGUUGUCAGAUAAAGAAGAACCCACAAGUCUUGAUUUCGAUAAAGAUGGCAUACCCAACGACGAGGAUGAUGACAUCGAUGGUGAUGUCAUACCCAAUGAACUGGAUGACGAUAUGGACGGAGAUGGUGUCCUCAAUGUGAAAGAUAAUGACAUAGAUGGAGAUGGUGUGCCGAAUGUCCAUGACGAUUUGGAUGAUGAUGGUAUACUGGAUGAACAUGAUGAUGACAUCGAUGGUGAUGGUAUACCCAAUGAUCGGGACGAUGAUAUCGAUGGCGAUGGGUUGCCAAAUCACAAAGACAAAGAUCGUGAUGGAGAUGGAGUGCCAAAUGAAAAGGACUUGCGUGAUGGUGAAUCAGAUGAUAAAAAGUUGGGUGUUAAAGUGAAACUGACUUCCAGACGACAUGAUAGUGACAUUGAUGGCGAUGGUAUUCCCAAUGUACAUGACACCGACAUGGAUGGUGAUGGCAUAUUGAAUCACGAAGAUUUUGAUGCCGACGGUGAUGGCAUUCCCACCGACCAGGAUCCCGACAUUGAUGGUGAUGGCACGCCCAACCAUGAGGAUGAUGACAUUGAUGGUGAUGGCAUUGCCAAUGAAAAGGAUCACGAUGUUGACGGCGAUGGCAUGUCAAAUGAUGAGGAACCGACAAGUUUAGAUCUCGAUGGUGAUGGUAUACCCAAUGAUGAUGAUGAAGAUAUUGAUGGUGAUGUUAUACCCAAUGAACUGGACGAAGAUAUGGAUGGUGAUGGUAUUUUGAAUGUACGCGAUAAGGACAUUGAUGGAGAUGGCGUGCCAAAUGUCCAGGACAAGGAUCAUCGUGAUAUGGAUGGCGAUGGUGUGCCAGAUCAUCACGAUGAUGAUAUUGACCAGGAUGGUAUUCCCAAUCACUUGGACAACGACAUAGACGGGGAUGGUAUCCCCAAUGACCACGAUAUUGAUCGUGAUGGCGAUGGAUUCCAUAAUCAUCAGGAUGACAGUGAUGGUGAGGCAGAUGACAAGAAGAGAGCGCAUAAAUCGCCACGGAUUUCCAGAGGUGUCGCUAGUGACAUUGAUGGCGAUGGCAUACCAAAUGUCCAUGAUACGGACAUGGAUGGUGAUGGCAUACUUAAUCAAGAGGACAAUGAUGCCGAUGGCGAUGGUAUUCCCACUGCUGAAGACUCUGACAUUGAUGGUGAUGGAACUCCAAAUUUCGAAGAUGAAGAUAUAGAUGGCGAUGGCAUAACCAAUGAAAUGGAUCAUGACUUGGACGGCGAUGGUAUGCCAAAUGAUGAAGAACCCAAGAGUUUGGACUUGGAUGGUGAUGGUAUUCCCAACGAUGAUGAUGAGGAUAUUGAUGGCGAUGUCAUACCCAAUGAAAUGGAUGAAGAUAUGGAUGGCGAUGGCAUACUUAAUGUACGUGACCGAGAUAUAGAUGGCGAUGGGGUGCCAAAUGUUCAGGACAUAGAUCAUCGAGAUAUGGAUGCCGAUGGCAUACCAGAUCAUCAUGAUGAUGAUAUCGAUGCAGAUGGUAUUCCCAAUCUGAAGGAUGAUGACAUCGAUGGUGAUGGCAUACCCAAUGAGCGGGAUAUUGAUCGCGAUGGAGAUGGUUUCCACAAUGAGCAGGAUCACAGUGAUGGCGAGGCAGAUGAUAUGAUAAAGUUGCGCGCCGAAAAGAAACGGAUUUCCAGAGGGCAUGACAGCGACAUUGACGGUGAUGGCAUUCCAAAUGCCCAUGACACCGAUAUGGAUGGCGAUGGCAUUUUGAAUCAUGAAGAUAUCGAUAUGGAUGGCGAUGGCUUGCCCACCCACACAGAUCCCGAUAUCGACGGUGAUGGCACACUGAAUCAUGAGGAUGAAGAUAUCGAUGGAGAUGGUAUUUUGAAUGAAAAGGAUCACGAUGUAGAUGGCGAUGGUUUGUCGAAUGAACAUGAACCCACAAGUCUAGAUGUAGAUGGCGAUGGCAUACCAAAUGAUGACGAUGAGGAUAUUGACGGUGAUGUGAUACCCAAUGAAUUGGAUGAGGAUAUGGAUGGUGAUGGUAUACCCAAUAUUGAUGACAAGGACAUUGAUGGUGACGGCGUGCCAAAUGCCCAUGAUGAUGACCAUCCAGAUAUGGAUGGUGAUGGUAUACCAGAUUGCCUGGACGAUGAUCGAGAUGGAGAUGGCAUACCAAAUCACAAGGAUGAUGAUAUAGAUGGCGACGGCAUUCCCAAUCACAAAGACGAUGACAUAGAUGGUGAUGGUAUACCCAAUCACCGUGAUGUGGAUCGUGAUGGUGAUGGCAUUGCCAAUGAGCAUGACGAACAUGAGGGUGGUUAUGUGCACGAGAAAAAGGCGGAUAAAACAGCGACACGGAUUUCCAGAGAUCAUGACAUCGAUGGCGAUGGUAUCCCUAAUGUACACGACACCGACAUGGAUGGUGAUGGCAUACUCAAUCAUGAGGACAAUGACAUGGAUGGCGAUGGCCUGCCAAGUCAUGCCGAUCCGGACAUUGAUGGCGAUGGUACUCUUAAUCAUGAAGAUGAAGACAUCGAUGGCGAUGGCAUUGUCAAUGAGAAAGAUCACGAUGUCGAUGGUGAUGGCCUGUCCAAUGAACACGAACCCAAGAGUCUGGAUAUUGAUGGCGAUGGCAUACCAAACGAUGAUGAUGAGGAUAUCGAUGGUGAUGUCAUACCCAAUGAUUUGGAUGAAGACAUGGACGGGGACGGAGUGCCAAAUGUUCAUGACAAGGACAUUGAUGGUGAUGGUGUUCCCAAUGCCCACGAUGAUGAUCAUCGUGACUUGGAUGGUGAUGGCAUACCCGAUCAUCGGGAUGACGAUAGCGAUGGGGACGGUGUGCCCAAUCAUGAGGAUGAUGAUAUCGAUGGCGAUGGUAUUCCAAAUCAUCUAGAUGUCGAUAUAGAUGGCGAUGGUGUGCCAAAUCAUCUGGAUACGGAUCGUGAUGGUGAUGGGGUACCCAACGAUCGUGAUGAUCAUGAUGGUGAGGCGGAUGAUAAGAAACAUGGUGGUGGUAAAGUUGCGAGGGUUUCCGGUGAACCGGAUAUUGAUGGUGAUGGCAUACCCAAUACCCAGGAUCCAGAUAUGGAUGGUGAUGGUAUUCCCAAUCACAAGGACUAUGAUGUAGAUGGCGAUGGCAUACCGGCCCAUGAAGAUAGCGACAUUGAUGGCGAUGGCAAGCCGAAUACCGUUGAUGAAGAUAUCGAUGGUGAUGGCAUUGCCAAUGAAAAGGAUCAUGACAUCGAUGGCGAUGGCUUAACAAAUGACGAGGAACCGGUUAGCCUUGAUAUCGAUGGAGAUGGUAUACUGAACGAUGAUGAUUCAGAUAUAGAUGGCGACAUACUGCUCAAUGAAAUGGACGCCGAUAUGGAUGGCGAUGGCAUACCCAAUACUGUGGAUAAAGAUAUCGAUGGCGAUGGCAUUCCCAAUCCCCAUGAUGAGGAUGAUCACGAACCUGCCGCCAUGCAAGUCAAGGCCAUAAAACGGGCCAAACGUGAUUUGACGGAGGCAGUCAAACAAAGUGACAUGGACGGUGAUGGUAUACCCGAUGAUUUGGAUGAGGAUAAAGACGGCGAUGGUGUGCCCAAUCAACAGGAUGAUGAUAUCGAUGGUGAUGGUAUACCAAAUUACCAGGAUGAUGAUAUCGACGGUGAUGGUGUACCCAAUGAACAUGAUGUGGAUCGUGACGGUGAUGGUUUGCUAAACGAAGAAGAUGAUAGUGAUGGCGAGCUCGAUGAUAUCGAAACUCGGCCAGAGGAUGAACUGCUUUGGGAAGGUGAAAUUCCUGCACAACGUCGUAGCCGUGACCACAUCAAUGAACUGCUGCAACUCGACGAACAAUCAAAUGCCCGCGAAAAGGCUAUAGACAAUGUGGCUGAGGUGAUUUUGCGUGACAUCAAGCGUACCUAUGAAAAUGCCAUCAAACCAUUGGAGGUGAUGUACAAAUAUCGUGACUUGAGCAAUCGUCACUUUGGCGAUCCGGAAAUCUUCUCGAAACCAUUGGUAUUGUUUAUGGGUCCAUGGUCCGGUGGCAAAUCAUCGAUUAUCAAUUAUUUGACUGAUAAUGAGUACACACCACAUUCGCUGAGAUCUGGUGCCGAGCCAUCUCCUGCUUAUUUCAACAUUUUGAUGUGGGGCAAUGAGACAGAAGUUUUGGAUGGUACCCAAUUGGCUGCCGAUUAUACCUUCUCGGGCUUGCAGAAAUUCGGCCAGGGUUUGGAGGAUCGCUUGCGUGGUUUGAAAAUGCCAAUUAAAUUGUUGGAAAAGGUUAACAUUGUUGAAAUUCCCGGUAUUUUGGAGGUACGCAAACAAGUCUCACGCCUCUUCCCCUUCAACGAUGCCUGCCAGUGGUUUAUUGAUCGUGCCGAUAUCAUUUUCUUGGUCUAUGACCCAGCCAAAUUGGAUGUGGGACCCGAAACUGAAGCUAUUCUGGAUCAAUUGAAGGGCCGUGAAUAUCAGACUCGUAUUAUUUUGAAUAAGGCCGACACUGUGAAACCCGAAGAAUUGUUGCGUGUCCAAAGUGCUUUGAUUUGGAACAUUUCCCCCUUGAUGUCUUCCGCUCAACCACCGUUGGUGUACACCACUUCUCUGUGGGGUCGUCCCUAUCAGGAUGGUGCUCCAGCUCGCCUCUUGUUGGCCCAAGAAAGAGCCUUUUUGCGUGAUCUUCGUACUGCUGUCGAUAAGAGAAUUGAGAAUAAGAUUGCCAGUGCGCGUCGUUUUGCUGUCCGCGUCCGCAAUCACGCCAAAAUGGUUGACUGCUAUUUGAACACCUACUACAAUCACAAGUCAUUGUUCGGCAACAAGAAGCGCAUUGCCGACACGAUUAUUGAAAAUCCCCAGAAUUAUCACAUCUAUGAGGGUCUCUCCACUUUGACCAAUAUCUCUCGCUACGAUUUGCCCGAUCCCGAGGUGUAUCGCGAUUUCUUCCGUCUGAAUCCUCUGUAUGAAUUCAAGAAGUUGUCGGAGACCUGCUCGUACUUCCGUGGUUGUCCCAUUACAAAAUUGGAUGUGGCCAUUGCUUACGAUUUGCCAGAUUUGGUGGGUAAAUAUAAACGCAUGGCUGAGACGGCAUUGGCAACGGUGGAACAAAAAGAAGCUGCUACUGCUGCAGGUGGCGGUGCUGGUGGAGCCGCUGUAGCUGAUAAGUCAGAGGCUGAUAAAAAUAAAAAGACUAAAAGUUGAGUUGUGACAAGAAUUGAAGAAAACUUAAAAAACAAAAAUGAAAAAUAAAACAACCAACCAACUAAAACAACAGCAACAACCGCAACUAAACUAAAUUCAUGAUAUAAACUUGAUAAUUUAGACAACAAUUCUCCCAUCAACCUGACGCCCUUGUCCCCCAGCCCCUCCUCCUACUCUUCAAAGAAGAUGAAGUUGCAAAUGUAAACAAAUACAAAUUUUUGACAGCUUAUGUGUUCUCUUGCAUUCACAUCGGGAGAGAGAGAGAGUUUGAGAUAUUUAAAUUACUCUCCAUGAGAAAAAAGAAACUGAGAGCAAAUUUUGUUAUAGGUUCCCAAGAGAGUGAGAGAGAGAAUUUUGACACAGUUGGGAUACACUUCAGUUUUUUUGUAAAGAACAUUAUCACAAGAGCGACAAACAAAAGAGAUAUCCGGACAUCAUCAAGGAGAGACCGAUCAUAGCAUAGCAACUUUGAGAUAAAAUCCACUUAAUUAAAAUUUAUUAAAAAAAAAACAA